UCCCCGCCCCCCUCCACCGGUCGGGCCGGGCCAGGCACCGCCCCACCCUCCCCUCGUCCUGCAGCGGCGAGGGGCGCCUCGGGCCCCCUGACGGCUGGCUCCCCGAGCCGCUGACACCAGGCAUCGCCAUGGCCUCGCUGGGCCGAGCCCUGCGUGCGGCGGCCACACGCCCUCGUCGGAGCCCUGCUCAGGGCCUGGGGCCACGUCCCCUGACCAGUGGGGCCGGCCCGGCCACCGAGAAGAGCGUGCCGUACCAGCGGACCCUGAAGGAGGCCCGGGACCCUGCGGCGGCCCGAGGCCCCAGCCGGCCCCUGCCCAGCACGGCCGACGUGGUGGUCAUCGGCGGGGGCAGCCUGGGCUGCCAGACCCUGUACCACCUGGCCAAGCUGGGCGUGCGCGGCGCCGUGCUGCUGGAGCGGGAGCGCCUCACCUCGGGGACCACCUGGCACACCGCAGGCCUGCUGUGGCAGCUGCGGCCCAGCGACGUGGAGGUGGAGCUGCUGGCCCACACGAGGCGCGUGGUGAGCCGCGACCUGGAGGAGGAGACGGGGCUGCACACGGGCUGGAUCCAGAACGGGGGCCUGUUCAUCGCGUCCAACCGGCAGCGCCUGGAUGAGUACAAGAGGCUCAUGUCGCUGGGCAAGGCCUACGGCGUGGAGUCCCACGUGCUGAGCCCGGCGGAGACCAAGGCGCUGUACCCGCUGAUGAACGUGGACGACCUGUACGGGACCCUGUACGUGCCGCACGACGGGACCAUGGACCCCGCCGGCACCUGCACCACCCUCGCCAGGGCGGCCACUGCCCGGGGAGCGCAGGUCAUCGAGAACUGCCCCGUGACGGGCAUCCGCGUGCGGACGGACGACUUCGGGGUGCGGCGGGUGGCGGCCGUGGAGACGGAGCACGGAGCCGUCCAGACGCCCUGCGUGGUCAACUGUGCAGGAGUGUGGGCGGACGCGGUGGGCCGCAUGGCGGGGGUCAAGGUCCCGCUGGUGGCCAUGCACCACGCCUACGUGGUGACCGAGCGCAUCGAGGGCAUCCAGAACAUGCCCAACGUCCGCGACCACGACGCCUCGGUCUACCUCCGCCUCCAGGGGGACGCCCUGUCUGUGGGCGGCUACGAGGCCAACCCCGUCUUCUGGGAGGAGGUGUCGGACAAGUUCGCUUUCGGCCUCUUCGACCUGGACUGGGACGUGUUCACCCAGCACAUCGAGGGGGCCGUCAACCGGGUGCCUGUGCUGGAGAAGACGGGGGUCAAGUCCACGGUCUGCGGCCCUGAGUCCUUCACACCCGACCACAAGCCCCUGAUGGGGGAGGCGCCCGAGGUCCGAGGAUUCUUCCUGGGCUGCGGCUUCAACAGUGCAGGGAUGAUGCUGGGCGGCGGCUGCGGGCAGGAGCUGGCCCACUGGAUCGUCCACGGGCGCCCGGAGAAGGACAUGUACGGCUACGACAUCAGGCGCUUCCACCACUCGCUCACGGACCACCGCCGCUGGAUCCGCGAGCGCAGCCACGAGUCCUACGCCAAGAACUACGCGGUGGUCUUCCCGCACGACGAGCCGCUGGCGGGCCGCAACAUGCGGACGGACCCGCUGCACGAGGAGCUCCUCGCGCGAGGCUGUGUGUUCCAGGAGCGGCACGGCUGGGAGCGGCCAGGAUGGUUCAACCCCGGAGGCGCGGCCCCGGUCCUCGCUUACGACUACUACGGGGCCUACGGGCACCAGGCGCACCAGGACUACGCCUACAACCGGCUGCUGGGGGCCGAGUACACCUUCGACUUCCCGCCCCACCACGAGGUGAUCAGGCAGGAGUGCCUGGCCUGCAGAGGGGCGGCGGCUGUGUUCGACAUGUCCUACUUCGGCAAGUUCUACCUGGUGGGCGUGGACGCGAGGAAGGCUGCCGACUGGCUGUUCUCUGCCGACGUCAGCCGACCCCCAGGCGCCACCGUGUACACCUGCAUGCUGAACCCGCGGGGCGGCACCGAGAGCGACCUGACCGUCAGCCGCCUGGCCCCCGGCCCCGCGGCCUCGCCCCUCGCCCCCGCCUUCGAAGGGGACGGCUUCUACCUGGCUGUGGGCGGGGCCGUGGCCCAGCACAACUGGUCCCACAUCACCUCGGUGCUGCAGGACCAGCGGUUCCGGUGCCAGCUCAUCGACAGCUCAGAGGACCUGGGCAUGAUCAGCAUCCAGGGCCCAGCCAGCCGGGCCAUCCUCCAGGAGGUGCUUGAUGCCGACCUGAGCAACGAGGCCUUCCCCUUCUCCACCCACAAGCUGGUGCGCGCCGCCGGGCACCUGGUGCGGGCCAUGCGGCUGUCCUUCGUGGGGGAGCUGGGCUGGGAGCUGCACGUCCCCAGGCCGUCCUGUGUGCCCGUGUACCAGGCCGUGAUGGCAGCGGGCGCCAAGCACGGCCUCGUCAACGCCGGCUACCGGGCCAUCGACUCGCUGAGCAUCGAGAAAGGCUACCGGCACUGGCACGCGGACCUGCGGCCGGACGACAGCCCCCUGGAGGCGGGCCUGGCCUUCACCUGCAAGCUCAAGUCCGCUGUCCCCUUCCUGGGGCGCGAGGCCCUGCAGCGGCAGCGGGCGGCCGGCCUCCGCAGGCGCCUGGUCUGCUUCACCGUGGACGAGAAAGUGCCCAUGUUUGGCCUGGAGGCCAUCUGGAGGGACGGCCAGGUGGUGGGCCACGUGCGCAGGGCCGACUUCGGCUUCACCAUCGACAAGACCCUCGCCUACGGCUACAUCCGGGACCCCAGCGGCGGGCCGGUCUCCCCGGACUUCGUGAAGAGUGGGGACUACAGCCUGGAGAGGAUGGGGGUGGCCUACCCUGCCCGGGCUCACCUGAAGUCUCCCUUUGACCCUGACAACAAGAGAGUGAAGGGGAUCUAUUGACGGGCCUACGGGCAGGGCCCCAGCUGCUCAGGCCGCCAGAGACCUUCCCCCCACCCACCCACGCUCCCAUAGGGCCUUUCCCCCUCUUGGGUCCCCCGGGGCCUGCACCACCCUGAGCCCAAGACCUGGGCCCCUGCCAGAGCUUGGUCCCUCCCUGCCCUCAGGCCAGGCCUGCUGACCUGACAUGUGGAUGGAGAGGGUGGGAAGAGGACCCGAGGGCCCGGCUCUAGUCCCUCCAUCCCCCAGACACACCUGUGGCGCCUCGGGCCAGGACCGUGACAGGCUUCCGAGAAGGCACUGAGGAGCGAGCGGACAAGCCCAGCGACAGGCAGGGAGGCUCCGCCUGCUGCUCCGGUGGUGGAGGUGUCCAAGGCGCCCCUGCCCCCCCCCCCCCAAUCGGGGCAGAGCAGGAUUGAUUAGUAAUGUCUGCCUUGGGCACGGUAGGGAAGGCAGCGUGCACGUGCCAGGCCGCCCUGGCCCUGAUUGAGGUCGCCGGGCGCAGGGCCUGUCCCGGUCCCAGGGCGGUGGAAAGGCCUUCCUGCCUCCAUGGCCCAGGCUUUCACACGGCAGCCUUCAGAGAGUCCCCGUGUGGGGUCCUUGCCCGUGCAGACAGGCCAUCUCCUGCCUGUUUCCCCAGGCGCUCCUUGAUGAUCAUGUUUCCGUAAGAACCUG